CACUUGCGGUGAAAAGACGUGCUACCCACGUCAACAUGCUUUUGUUACCGGAACGCCAGCGACGUGUUACGCACGUCGUUGAGCGAUUGUUGCAGAAAGAUAAAAGACGUGCGUGGCACGUCCACUGUUCAAUAAAAUUCUUUACCGAGGCACAGUUUCUGCUUGCUCUUCAUCGUGUAAAGUUAUCAGUAUUGACCCCAGACUAUAAAAUGGAAAGUGAUAGCGAAGCCAGUGAUAUUAUUUCUAUAAAUAAACGGAGAAGACAAGACAAUGUAGAGUCUGACAGUGAUUUAGAACAAAUUGUUUUUCCAAGUCGGAAUCGGCGUAGAAUUCUAUCGGACGACGAGGAAGAUGUUCAGAAUGAGAAUAGAGAAAGGAAUGUUUCAUCCCAGGAAUGGAUUUGGAAAGACGCGGAAAAUAUAACGCAAUAUUGAUACAGAUGUAAUUUUAUCCUUCUGCCUCUCUAUAUUCUCUUCGUGAACCCUCCCGCUGAACGCUGCCUGAAUGCGCCGCGAAGUGAUUCCCGCUCGAUUGUUUUGCUACGCGCAACCGAGAAUCUCUUUGCACCGCAAGU